AUGUUAAAGGGGGCUGCAGUGUUUGAUAAGCGGCAGGAUCGCUCUGUACGCUGCGUAAUUGCCCAGGUGGUUGUUGCGCCAGUGCACCAGCUGUUGUGUACGCUGAGGCCCAAAAACGCAAAGCUUCUGUGCCCAGACGAGACGCCAAAGAGCAUCGUCGGAAGAGCUGCGCUUGCUCCUGAACUGAUUGGUCAUGGCUUCCUGUCUCGCUUUCAUUGGUUCUGCAGCGAAAUGAUGCCCAGAAGAUACCCUACCCCGCCCAACGACUAUUGA